AUGCGUCUGCCUUUCGGCGUCCCGCCCGCCUCCCUGCCCUACUGCGUGCCCCUCGCGCGGCUCUCUGCACCGCCCUCUCCCCAAGCGUACUCGCACUCCACCACGCUCUGCCACAGCGCGCCGAAGCCCUUGCAGCGGGCCACCAGCGCGGGCAUCGCGCAUAGCGCCGAGGCCCCCGGCACCGGCGCCGAGGCCGCUGCGGCAGCGACCACUGCCGUAGUCGAGGCCUCCUGCUCCGCUGCCGCUGGCGCAGUGCUCACGGUCUCGCCGCACAAGAAGGCCGUCCUCGUGACGGGCGAGACGCAGAAGGUCACGGAGCUGCUCAAGGCGCUCAAGGGAAGCUGGAACAAGGGCCUCGGCGGCUGGUGCUUUCCGGGCUCGCAGCGCGCGGCGGUGCUGGCCGCGCUGCGCAAGGCGAGGUCACCCGAGAUACCCGAGGACCCGACCAACACCGUGACGGAGGGCGAGGCGGCGGCACAGCCGCCUGCGAAGCGGCAGAAGGGAAGCGCCGCCUCCGAGGGUGGCUUCGUCAACGACGACGACAGCGAGGUCCUUCGAGCCAUCGGCGUCAGCACCGCCAACCACCAGCGCACGGCGAUGAUCGCAAAGAUGCUCCUGCUCUCUCUGGUCAUGCCGUGCGAGGCGAUGCUCACCCCGCGCCGCCUGCUGACUGCGCGAGCCGACGAGGAGGAGCGCGGGGAGGAGAGGCAGCGCAGCGGCAGCAGGUUAGCGAUGGACGUGGCGGCGCUCGCCCGCCUGGCUGAAAACCUGAGCGACCACCGCGCCGCGGCGGCACCCCUGCCUGUGACUACUGCUGCCCCCGGCCAGAAGCUGUGCACGGUGGAGGGGUGCACGCGGGCGCGGCGUGCCGGCGGCACCCCGUGUUGCAAGCUGCAUGGAGGGGGGCGGAGAUGCACGUUUGUGUCAGACGGGGACACCCCUAGGGCCUGCGGGCGAUCGGUUGCAACCGGCGGCCUCCCAUUCUGCGGCCUGCACGGCGGCGGCAAGCGCUGCUCCAUCACCGGGUGCCUCAAAAUGGCACGGCCUGCCGACAGACACUCGGGCGCUCUGCUCUGCGCGGCGCACGGCGGCGGGAAGCGGUGCACACAACCGGGCUGCGCGAAGGCCGCGCGCGCUGGGCCGGGACAGCUGUGCGCUCUGCACUCAAACCCGGUUGUGGACGCGCACGCCAGCGUCGAGAUCGAGGCGAAUGCCGCGCUGCCGGCGGAUUCUCCCGCACCGGCGGCGGUGGCUGCACCGACGGCGGUGGAAGUAGACGCUGAGGCGCUUUCGGGCGGCGCGGCGGCGGCGGCGGCGGGUGUGGUGUCCGAAUCUCAUCCAUUUGCGCCGCGGGGUGGCUACUCAGCAUGCGGCCCCGCGGAGCAGCCGCUCACGAUCCUGCUGCCUCUUGACGACCAACACGGCGCGGAGCCGGGGCACACGCUGAUGAUCCCGAUGCAGCUGGCCCUGCCAGAGGCGGGCGCGCUCCGGGAAGAGAUGUGCCGCGCUGCGCUGCUCGGCCAAGCCUCCACCAUCUGCGAGGCUCUUGGGAUGGACUCGAGCGGGCACAUGUGCCUCGGGCUCGCCCCCGCCUCGGUCGCCAGCGCCGACCUCGCCGCCUCCUCCGUGGCCGCCGCCUCCCCCGCGUCGGCGCACCCCUUUGCAGCUCUCGGCGGUUCACCGAGCGCGGCCUUCACGCCCGAGGACGCGGCGGCGGCAGCGGCGGGCUCGAAGAGACAGCGCUUGUUUCCUCGGAGGGCGACGGGCGACGAGGAGGAGGCGGACGCGGACGGGGAGCCGCAGACGCCGCCGCCGUCUUCGGGCAACUUUGCGUUCGCGCUGCAGCCGUCGUGCUGGCAGGAGCGGGUCGUCGGGUGGCGGGUGCAGGCGGCGCAGUACACCACCGGGCGCCUCAUUUCGGGCGAGGUGGUCGACUGGCGAGCGGACAGCCUCACGCCCUUCGUGAUCCGGUUCGCGAACGGCUCGCUCGAGCGCGCGGCGCUGCCUCACGCCGCCGUCGAGCUGGUGGACGAGAGGGGCGAGGUGGUGAGCUGGGAGGAGUUUCUUGCCCUCGGCGACGCCGACCCGACAGAGUUCGUGCCGGCGGGCGCCGACGCCGACGCUUUCACGGACAUCGAGAGCUACACCACGUAAGAGGGCACGCGAGCACGCGUCAGCCGUCACGCACGCGAUGCCUCUCCCCCCCCUGCUCCCAUUCAGGGUUGAGCAGAGCGGAGAGGCAGCCCAAUAAAACCGCAUACUAUUUUCUUCUUUCGACGCUUUGAGAUCGC